AUGAGGCCAAUAUUAAUGAAGGGGCAUGAACGUCCAUUAACGUUCCUAAGGUACAACAGAGAUGGAGACAUGCUUUUCUCCUGCGCUAAAGAUCACACUCCCACUCUAUGGUAUGCUGAUAACGGCGAACGUCAUGGCACUUACCGUGGUCACAAUGGUGCUGUUUGGUGUUGUGAUGUCUCAAGAGACUCGUCGAGAUUGAUAACUGGUAGUGCUGAUCAGACUGCAAAGCUGUGGGAUGUGAAAACUGGACAACAGUUGUUUAGUUUUAAGUUCAGUUCUCCCGCCAGGUCUGUUGAUUUCUCUGUUGGUGAUAAGCUUGCUGUCAUCACCACUGAUCCCUUCAUGGAACAUACUUCUGCUAUACAUGUCAAACGCAUCGCUGAUGAUCCCCAAGACCAGGUUGGUGACUCUGUGCUCGUCCUUGAGAAUCCUGAGGGAAGGAAGAGGAUAAACAGAGCUGUUUGGGGACCUUUGAACCAAACCAUUGUUAGUGGUGGUGAAGAUGCUGUCCUCAGGAUUUGGGAUGCUGAGACUGGAAAAUUGCUCAAGGAAACAGAUAAGGAAGUGGGUCACAAGCAGACAAUUACAUCGCUUUGUAAAUCAGCUGAUGAUUCUCACUUCAUUACAGGUUCACUUGACAAAACAGCAAAGGCAUGUCUGUGGGAUAUGAGAACGUUGACUCUUAUUAAGACUUACACUUCAGGGGUACCUGUAAAUGCUGUCUCCUUAUCUCCACUUCUCGACCAUGUUGUGAUUGGAGGUGGUCAAGAUGCAUCAGCUGUGACAACCACUGAUCAUCGUGCUGGGAAGUUCGAGGCUAAGUUUUAUGACAAGAUUCUGCAAGAGGAGAUUGGUGGUGUUAAAGGUCACUUUGGACCUAUCAAUGCUUUGGCAUUCAAUCCUGAUGGAAGGAGUUUCUCAAGUGGAGGUGAAGAUGGUUACGUCAGAUUGCAUCAUUUUGACUCUGAUUACUUCAACAUCAAGAUUUAGAUCGUUUUGAAACAAAUCUCUCAAUCCGGAUUUUCCUUCUCUCUUUUUCACCACUGCAAUGUUUUCAUGUACUACCAAUACGUCCAUGGUGCUAAAACAUGAAGCUAUUUGGCUCGGAUCCUUAGAUUUUGCACAUUUCAUACUUUUUGAACCACAAGUUAUCAUUAACCUGCUAUAUUUUUGGACUUCUAUUCUAGUGUGUUUUGAUGAGUUUCCUUUUCAUUAUUUUAACUCAAUAUUGAUAUGUGAUAAAUAAGAUUGUUUAUCCCUUUCCACUAGUCAGCCAAGGUUGAAUACAAUUAUAUAAAACCAUGUAAAAUCUCC